GUCCCGGACAUCCUGCAGUACUCGGACUCUGUACUUGCAUCAGAAGGCAGAAAUAUGGAUAACGCAGAAUUUCAUGCAGCAAUAGGUGUAUCACGUCGUGAGGCAAAUCCCUGUCCAGAAAGUCACUAGCUAUGGUCACAUCGCGAAGCUCGUCGGAAUGCCGAGGCAUUCGCGACACGUUGGUCAAGCCCUCAAAUUUCUCUCCCCAGAUACCACGCCACCUGUUCCCUGGUACAGGGUAGUAUCCUCCGCAGGCACCAUAUCCUCACGUGGACCUGGCACAAAUGGCGCUCAAAUCCAACGAGAUGCUCUAGAGGCAGAGGGUGUGGAAGUCACGGAUGGGCGUACAGGAGAUUUGAGGGUGAAUUUCGUGACUUGGGGUUGGUUUCCAGCCGUCGGAACAAUCGAUCUUGAUGGACAUCAGCCAGCAGGAGAGCAGCUCGAGGCUGACCCAGAGUAGUUGCUACAGGAUGCGCCUUGAUUCAUUGUAUGAGUAUAGUCCGAGGCUGCCUAGCUUUUUGCAAUACAGUCUCAUAAUAGUCAUGUAUGACGUUCAUGGGUGCUCGCGACAUUUAUGAUCUAAGUUUCGUCUUCCACGAAUUCCUAUUUCCCCACGACCGAGUUAUCCUGCACAAUGUCUCUUUCCAGGGAGUGGCGUAAUUCGUGGCCAAUAGUGGUCGACUAAUUAGGAUAGCAGAUAAGAUAAGAUAAAUCUGCUAUUGGUGGCUAUUCAUAACUCGAACCCAUGGAUUCCUGUGAACACCACUCGACUUCGUUAGUCCUCAGCUCUCACCAGUUCUAUCUGCUACACAGACCUCAUUUCUCUCCCAUUUACCUCGAACUCUGCCAAUAUGCCUUGGGAUCUUAUCAAAUUAAACUCUGGUUAUUCCAUACCAAGCAUUGCAUUUGGCACCUGGACAUUAGGAAAUGGCCAAGGCCCAAUUGACCAGGUUGAGCAAGCGCUGGACACAGGUUUCAACCAUAUCGACACCGCUCAGAGUUAUCGGAACGAAGGAGAAGCGGGGACCGCCCUUCACGAGAGUGGCCUUGCACGUUCUGAUGUGUUUAUCACCACGAAGUACUCAGGGACCGAUGGACUGGGCAUUGCUACUUCCAUCCAAAACAGCAUCAAUAAUCUUGGGGUAUCCUAUGUAGACCUUUACCUAAUACAUUCUCCCCGUCUGGCUGUACCGGAUAUCCCCACUGCCUGGGAACAAAUGGAAAAGGUACAGAAAGACGGCUUGGCAAGGAGCAUCGGCGUUAGUAACUUUGGUGUCAGCGAACUGGAAACGCUGCUUGCUUCAGCCAGCAUCAAGCCUGCUGUCAACCAGAUCCUGUUCCACCCCUAUGUCUACCAGCAGCAGCUUCCUAUCUUGGAGUAUGCUGCAAAGAACAAUAUUAUCAUUGAGGCAUAUAGCGCUCUCAUCCCUGUUACCAGACAACCUGGUGGGCCUCUAGAUAAACCUCUGAGCGAGCUAGCCUCGAAAUUUGGGGCAACGCCAGACCAAGUUCUCUUGGCAUGGGUGAAAGCUAAGGGAGCUGUUGCUGUCACAACGAGUUCCAAAAAGGCCCGCCUGCAAGGAUAUCUCGCCGCUGGUGACAUCAGUCUCUCUGAAGAAGACAUUGCCGCUAUUGACGCUGCAGGUGCUCGGGGCGAAAAGCAGACUAAUGCUAAGAUCACGCUCAGAAAGCUGGCUAUCGUCGCUCUAGUCGGAGCAGCUGUUCUGGGCGGCUGCAGCUACUUUAAUGUCAAUAUCAUCUGAAGUUUUACAAUCCGCAUGGGACAGAUGAUCUCGAUUCGUGACAAUUCAUUCCUUACCCGAGUCCUAUAAUGCUCAUUACAAUGUAUGCUAUGUAUAUUGUUCUUAUGGAUUCUGCCGAGUGUCACUUUGUCAAGUUUUCAA